UUUACGGUCUUGCCCGUACAACAGCAACAACAAUAAAGAGACAGACAAAAUACACGAAACAGUCGGUCUAUUUGGAUAUCAGAUGACAAAAGACACUCAUCCCUGGGAGAUGGAAAAGCAACGAGGUAAGCCUUCUGAUUGCCCAGUUUAUUGCCUUUGAGAGGGUUUCCAGUUUCCAGUAGAGGAAGGAGGAACUGAGGUGGAGUCCAGCAGACUUCCUGAGCCAAGGAUGGAGCUAAGAAUCUGGGAGAGCAAAGCAGCUGUAGUUCAUAGGACAGACCAGCAGAGAGGAGAGGUCUGCAGAGGGCCUCCCCCGAGGACUCAAGAGCACAGAGCAGCACAUGUGUGAGGAAACUCCCCAGGACAGGGAAGGAAUCCUCUAAAGGGUUGGAGGGAAUAGUCCUGAUAUUUGCAUGGGGAAUACUGUUCCUACGGGCUAGGCUGGAGAACUCCUGUAAUUCCUGGAGCAUUAGGAAUGGAGCUAUUUAUGUAAAGCACUGAAAGGAAAAAUAACUCUACCUAGAAUUCUGUAUUCAGCAAAAAUACAUUUCAACAACAAAGACAAGACCACCAACAGAAUGGGAGAAAAUAUUUGGAAAUUAUACAUCUGAUAAGGGUUUAAUAUACACAGAAUACGUGAACAUAUUUGUGUAUGUAUAUGUAUGUAUCUCAUAUGUAGAAUGUACAAAGAACUACAACUCAAUAACAAAAACACAAACUUAACUAAUUAAUAAUGGGCAAAGGACUUGAAAAGACACUUGUCUGAUGGCCACUAAGUAUGUGAAAAUAAUGCAUAUCAAAACUACAAUGAAAUAUCACUUCAAACCAACUAGGAUUGCUGUAAUAAUCUAAAAAAUGGAAUAACAAGUUUUGGCAAGCAUGUGGGGAAACUGGAACCUUGGAUGUUGCUGGUGUGACUGAAAGGACGCUACUACUGUGGAAAAGUUUUGUGGGUCCUCAGGGAGCUCAGCACACAAUUACCAUAUGACCCAACAAUUCUGCUCCUAGGUACAGACCGGAAGGGAUUAAAAGCAGGGACUCAAGCAGGUACUUGUACACCAGUGUUCACAGCAGCACCAUUCACAAGACCCGCUAGAUGGAAACAACCCAAGGGUCCAUCAACAGACGAUGGGGUAAACAACAUGGUCUGUCCAUACACUGGAAUAUUACCUGGCUAUUAUAAGGAGUGAAGGUCUGAUUCAUGUCACAGCAUGGAUGAACCUUGAAGACAUUAUGCUGAGUCAAAUAAGCUAGACACAAAAGGACAGAUAUUGUAUGAUUCUAUUUAUAUGAUUAUCUAGAAUUGGUAAAUUCAGAGAGACAGUAGGUUAUCAGAGUCUGAGGAAUAGGGAGUUUGCUUAAUGUUUCAGAGUUUCCAUUGGGUGAUUAGAAAGUUUAGAAUUCUUAGUGAGGGUUGUAUAAUAUUGUGAAUGUAAUUAAUGCCACUGAAUUGUACACUUAGCGAUAAUUAGCAAAUUUUGUUAAUUUUUUAACUAGAAUUUUAAAGAUGAAUAAUGUAAUUACCAAAAACCAUUGUGAUUGUGUACUUUGAGUGGAUGAAUUGUAUGGUAUGUGAAUUAUGUCUCAGUAAAGCUGUUUUGAAAAAAAAAAAAAGCAAAAUGAAGACAUUCUCAGAUUUAAAAAGCUGAAAGAAUUUAUUACCAGCAGACCCACAUUGCAGGAAAUGUUAAAAGAUGUCCUUCAGGGAGAAAGGAAAUGAAACCAAAUGGAAAUCUGGAUCUACUGGAAAGAAUGAAAAGCACUGGCAAUGGUAACUACGUAGGAUCUUCAUUACUGAAAAAAGCAUCAUCAAGAACAAGGAGGGCAUGGAGACCAAGUUGUUAAUGGCCCGGUCCCAGGCACUGGUGACCUUCAAGGACGUACUUGUGAACUUCACCAGGGAGGAGUGGAAGCUGCUGGAUACUGCUCAGCAGAUCAUGUACAAAGAUGUGAUGCUGGAGAACUAUAAGAACCUGGUUUCCUUGGGGCAUCAGCUUCCCAAACCAGAUGUGAUCCUCCAGUUGGAGAAAGGGGAAGAGCCGUGGCUGGUGGAGAGAGGGACGCACCGGGAGACCCACCCAGAUUUGGACACUGCGGUUGAAAUUAAAUCAUCAGUGUCCAGUAAGAGCAUUUCUAAAGAUAAACAAUCCUAUGGCGUUAAAAUGGAAGGAAUCCCAAAGAACGAUCUCUGGUAUUUGUCAUUAGAAGAAGUCUGGAAGUGUGAAGACCAGUUGGACAAGUAUCAGGAAAAUCAGGAGAGACAUUUGAGGCAAGUGGCAUUCACCCAAAAGAAAGCACUUACUCAGGAGAGAGUCUGUGAAAACGGUAAAUAUGGGGGAAAUUGUCUUCUUCCUGCUCAACUAGUGCUGAGGGAGUAUUUCCACAAACAUGACUCACAUACUAAAAGUUUAAAACAUAAUUUAGUUUUUAGUGGUCAUCAGGAAAGCUAUGCAAGUAAUAGUAGCGAAUGUGGUCAAACCUUCUGUCAAAACAUUCAUCUUAUUCAGUUUGCAAGAACUCAACCAGGAGAUAAGUCUUACAAAUGCCCCGAUACUGUCAACUCUCUUACCGGUGGUACAGCCCUUGGUGUAUCGAAGGGCAUACAUAGGGAGAAACCAUAUGAAUGUAAGGAGUGUGGAAAAUUCUUUAGCUGGCGUUCUAAUCUUACCAGGCACCGGCUUAUUCAUACUGGAGAAAAACCCUAUGAAUGUAAAGAGUGUGGAAAGUCUUUCAGCCGGAGUUCUCACCUCAUUGGACAUCAGAAGACUCACACUGGUGAGGAACCCUAUGAAUGUAAAGAGUGUGGAAAGUCCUUCAGCUGGUUCUCUCACCUUGUGACCCACCAGAGAACUCACACAGGAGACAAACUGUACACGUGCAGCCAGUGUGGGAAGUCAUUUGUUCACAGCUCCAGGCUCAUUAGGCACCAGAGAACUCAUACUGGAGAGAAGCCUUAUGAAUGUCCUGAGUGUGGGAAGUCUUUCAGACAGAGCACACAUCUCAUUCUGCAUCAGAGAACUCACGUCAGAGUGAGGCCCUACGAAUGUAACGAGUGUGGGAAGUCGUAUAGCCAGAGGUCUCACCUUGUGGUGCACCAUAGGACUCACACGGGACUGAAGCCCUUUGAGUGUAAAGACUGUGGAAAAUGCUUUAGUAGAAGCUCUCACCUUUUCUCCCAUCAGAGGACCCACACUGGAGAGAAACCAUAUGAAUGCCACGACUGUGGGAAGUCCUUCAGCCAGAGUUCUGCCCUCAUCGUGCAUCAGAGAAUUCAUACUGGAGAGAAGCCAUAUGAAUGCCGCCAGUGUGGGAAAGCCUUCAUUCGGAAGAACGACCUUAUUAAGCAUCAGAGGGUUCAUGUUGGGGAAGAGACCUAUAAAUGUAAUCAGUGUGGGAUUAUCUUCAGCCAGAACUCUCCGUUGAUAGUACAUCAAAUAGCCCACACUGGAGAGCAGUUCUUAACUUGUAACCAAUGUGGGACAGCGCUUGUUAAUAGCCCUAACCUCAUUCGAUAUCAGACAAAUCAUAUUAGAGAGAAUCCUUAUUAAUAUUACGAAUGUGGAAAGUUCUUUACAAAGAGCAAUAACUUGGUUUUACAUUAGAAACUCCUUCUGGAGGGAAGCAGUGUAGAUGUAAUCUGUGCAGAAAUGCUUUCAAUCUUGUCACUACCCUUUUGUGCACUAGAGAAAUGGUCCCAGAAGGAGAAAUAACCGACAGAUUUCAUUGUAGUACAAAAACACAUCAGCUUUUCUUUCCACAAGUUCCUAUAAAAGCAGUUGUCCUUGGAGCAUUCUUGACCGAGCCUUAAAAUGCUAGAAUCUGAGAAGGAACCAUUAAGUAGGUGGGAGAUUAUCCAGCUUCAUUGCCUUCUUCAAAAAGAUGUCAGUCAGAAUGAUACUUCAGAAAGAUAAGUCAAUGAGAGUUCCUAUUGCAAAGAAUAAAAAAUUGAUAGUUAUUGUAAAAAAGUGGAAAAUAAUAUUCCAGUGAAAUAACCUGCCAUAUUUUUACUUGAUUGUCCUUCUGGGACAGUUAGUAGUGUCUACUCUUUUAUGUGUCUGAUAUAAACCACAUUUUGGUUAGCAGGGAAAAUGCUUAAAAUUAAUGUAAAGCUGAAAAAGAACACAUUUACUAGUAAUGGUACUUAUUUUAAGUAUAUUUGCAUGUGAGCAAGAAUUGAAAAACUCUCUGGAUAAUGAACAGAAUCGAUUUGUUAGGUGAUGGGAUUGAGUGAGUUUUAUAGUUUAUUCCAUGUUACUCCAAUAAUUAUUUGAAGGUAUUUUUAAACAUUAAAAAGGAUAUCCAGUUUCUCUAUUCUAUCAUCAAGGAUGCUUAAGGACCACCUGCUAGCAAGUUUCCCAUUCUACGUUGUUUGGGUCCUGGAAUUGUGCUCUUUGAGACCGUGUGCUGAAGGCUCCUGGGAAUUUAAACACAGGGUUUCUUUGGACUUUGAGACCUAGAAGAUUAGGUGUUUGAGCACAUGAGGGAGGGUCCCCUUUGAGUGGGAGCAGGUACCUGGGCCAUUCUUAGAGCAGCUAUGCUCAUGAAAUAAACAGCACUGCUCAAAGCCA